UCGCAGAGUGAAUGGAAAAAGUUGCAGUCAAACGUCUCCUUUUACAUUAGAGAAAAUGGAGUAUGUAACAGAGAAACUGUAUGAGUGGGUGGAAUGUGAGGAAAAUUUCAGCAAGAGCAGUGACGUUGCAGCACAUGAAAGGGUCCACAUGGGAGAGAAACCUUAUAAAUGCAUGAAGUGUGGGAAAAACUUCAGAAGGAGCAGCAAUCUUGCUUCCCAUAACAGGAUCCACACUGGGGAGAAGCCAUAUAAAUGCACGGAGUGUGGAAAGAGCUUCAGGCACAGCAUAUCCCUCACUUCCCAUAAAAGGAUCCACACGGGAGAGAAACCUUAUAAAUGCAUGAAGUGUGGGAAAAACUUCAGAAGGAGCAGCAAUCUUGCUUCCCAUAACAGGAUCCACACUGGGGAAAAGCCAUAUAAAUGCAUGGAGUGUGGGAAAACCUUCAGAGAGAGCAGCCAUCUUGCUUCCCAUAAAAGGAUCCACACUGGGGAAAAACCAUAUAAAUGCAUGGAGUGUGGAAAGAGCUUCAAGCAGAAUUGUCACCUUACCUCCCAUAAAAAGAUCCACACGGGAGAGAAACCUUAUAAAUGUUUCGAGUGCGGGAAAAACUUCGGAAGAAGCAACAAUUUUACUUCCCAUAAAAGGAUUCACACUGGAGAGAAAGCUUAUAAAUGCCUGGAGUGUGGGAAAAACUUCAGAACCAGCAGCCAAGUUGUUUCCCAUAAAAGGACCCAUACGGGGGGAAAAAAAAAAUAUAAAUGCACGGAAUGUGGAAAGAGCUUCAGGCAGAGUAGUUCCCUUACUUCCCAUAAAAUAAUCCACAUGGGAGAGAGACCUUAUAAAUGCAUGUAGUGUGAGAAAACCUUCAGGCAGAGCAGCCAUUUUACUUUCCAUAAAAGGACCCACACUGGGGAGAAAAAAACCAUAUAAAUGCAUGGAGCAUGGGAAGAUCUUCAAGCAGAGGAGAUCCCUUACUUCCCAUAACAGGAUCCAUACAAAGGAGAAAUCAUAUACAUUUAAGGGAAAUGGAAAGAGCGUCAGUCAUUUGUGGGGACCUGAUUUGUCAAAAACAAGCAAGAUGGGAGAUGGUGUGAAGCAAGGGAGGACCUUUGAUGUGAACAGAUACUUUGCGUUAUGGAAUUCACCUAGUGGCAAACCAUGCAAAUCAGAACUGUGCUUUAAAAAUA